AAAAAUGUCUUCAUCAUCAGAUAACCACGCCAGCAGCAGCGGAGAAGACAAUUCUUCAUCAUCUAGUUCUUUGAUCCGAUCAAAUAUUUUAGAAUAUUUAACCGAUCCACAACUAACUAAUAAUAUAGAAUUACAAAACAAAUUAAAAAAAACAAAACCUCAAACUUGGCUUGUAUUAGUAUUACACUUUUUAAUGUUAAAACAUGGAUUUAGAUGUGUUGGAUUGAAUGAAACUGAUCAAUGUGUAGAAUUACCAGAGGGACAAAUUCUUCCUCCGAACAACUUUGAUUCAAACGUGGAAAUGUUCUCUCUCAAGUACAAACACACACAAAGAACAUUUAAUUUUACUCUAAAAGUAUUAAUGAUGGGACAAACUAAAUUAUUAGUAUUUUCAACCAUUUUACUUUUCCCAAAUAUUGAUAUCAAUGAGAAUUCAAACUUGAACAUGUCACAAUAUGCCAAACAACAAGAAGAAGAACAAGUCUAUCAGUUGGAGUUUAAUAAUCUUUUUGAGUUUAUUGACAGAGAAAAGUUUAAUGAAGUUAUCAACCAAAGUAACGAUAAUAUUGAUUUUAUUUCUGUUUUUAAGAAUUUACAAGACUUGGAAUAUCAAUUUAAAACUCAAAUUCAAAACAAACUGGUUCCAAAAGAGGGAUUUGAAACAAUUAGCAUGUCAUCCACACAAUCAUCCAAUAAUGCAACUACGACUAACGUUUCCUCAUCUCUAUUAGAAGAUCGUCAACCAAGACAAUACAUUCCACCAAGUAGAAGUAUGUAUGAUGAAGAUGAUGACGAUUUUGAUCCACUACGAAUUGGCCCUCCAAGAAGAGGAGGAUAUAUUCAACCACCUAUUGGUGGUAGACCUUAUCGUAUUGGUGAUGAAGAUUUGUAUCCUGGUUUGGGUCAUUUACCACAACCUUUUGGAGGAAGGGGAUCUGGUUUUCCAUUUGGUGGAGGCAGCCAGGUUGGUCCAAACAAUCCAUUAUUCUUUCCAGGUUCAAAUAAUAAUAGAAGACCUAACCCAGGCUUUAUUCCAGGUGCUAGAUUUGAUCCAAUCUAUCCUAAUGCACCUUUUGGAGGUCAAGGUAGAGGAGGUGGUCAACCAAAUCCAGACCAUCACCGAGUUCCAAGAGAUUUAGAUGAUGACGAUGAGGAUUUUUCUCACUUUUAUAUGUAAUUGAAUCCACUUAUUUAUUAAAUAUUUGUAAACUAUAAAUUAAAAUUAUUG